UGGAUCGCAGAGAACAAAAUGGCGCGUCUUGAGUUGACUUGAAUUCACGCGCCCAUGAAAAGUUUCCCUAAAUAUCCAUGAUUUAUGUGCUUUAUUUCCCAUCGUAGCUGAACUGGCUUCAAGCUAAGGUGACAUUUGUAGAAUUCUAAGCGUAGAAAUCAAGGAUGUUUGUGGCGAAAACCAUUGCGGCGGAUCAUAAAGAUCUCAUUCAUGAUGUUUCGUAUGAUUUCCACGGCCGCAGGAUGGCUACAUGCUCCAGUGACCAAAGUGUCAAGGUUUGGGAUAAAAGUGACAGUGGUGAGUGGCACUGCACUGCGAGCUGGAAGACUCACAGUGGCUCCGUGUGGCGUGUGACGUGGGCUCACCCCGAGUUCGGACAGGUUUUAGCGUCCUGUUCCUUCGACCGCACCGCCGCUGUUUGGGAGGAGAUCGUCGGCGAGUCUAACGAUAAACAGCGUGGCCUCAGUCACUGGAUUAAGAGGACGACGCUGGUGGACAGCAGGACGUCAGUGACUGAUGUAAAGUUCGCUCCGAAGCACAUGGGGCUGGUCCUGGCCACCUGCUCGGCUGAUGGUGUGGUUCGUAUCUAUGAAGCCCCAGAUGUGAUGAACCUGAGCCAGUGGAGCCUCCAGCACGAGAUCUCCUGCAAACUCUCAUGCUCCUGUAUCUCCUGGAACCCCUCCAGCUCACGCGCACAUUCUCCUAUGAUCGCAGUCGGCAGUGAUGACAGCAAUGUGACCUACACCGGAAAAGUCCAGAUCUAUGAGUACAACGAGAACACCAGGAAGUACGCUAAGGCAGAGACCCUGAUGACCGUCACAGAUCCGGUCCACGACAUCGCCUUCGCCCCCAACCUCGGCAGGUCCUUCCAUGUCCUCGCCAUAGCAACCAAAGAUGUGCGCAUAUUCAAGCUGGUCCCUCUGCGGAGAGAGAGCUCCACCAGCUCGGGCCCCACCAAGUUCGAGGUGCAGUUAAUGGCUCAGUUCGACAGUCACAACUCUCAGGUGUGGCGCGUGAGCUGGAACAUCACUAGCACGCUGCUCGCCUCGUCCGGGGACGACGGCUGUGUCCGACUCUGGAAAGCGAACUACAUGGAUAACUGGAAGUGCACAGGAAUCCUGCGUGGUGAUGGCAGUCCGGUGAACGGCUCCUCCAUCUCGUCUGCAGCUCUGAACGCCGCCGCGGCAUCAGGAGCUCAGAACAGCACCGUGGGAGCUGCCAGUGCGGGCAGAAAAAAGACUCAGCUGAUGCCAGGCUAACCGGGAUUGACUGUUUGCUGCAUGACACACACACACACACACACACACCUACCUUCAUUCCCCUCCACAGUCGCACCUCAUUCUCAAUCCUCACUCCACUAAUCCAACAGAGGCGACUGCUGAGCGUGAAUAAUGAGAGCAUACACUGUUACUGUGUGUGUGUGUGUGUAUACUGUUCCACUAACACUGAUGGAAAUGUUUAAAGACUCCAGAGUAAAUACUCAUUUGUGCUGUUCAUUCCUGUCACCUGUUUGUUAAUCAAGUCAUAAAUUAAUUCAUUAAAAUUAAAAUGUUCAAGA